AUGGAGCCGGGCUCAAAAGAUGCAGGGAGGGUAUUGAAAAAAGAACAAUCGCUUCAUGGGAGAAAGCUGCAUGUGCAGACCCUUGCAAACGGGCGCAGUGGAGGUGUCUGCUUUUGGAGUAGGAAGAAGUCAGACAUGUUUCUCUUCUGGCAGAUGCUUUCUGGCAGAUGCCUUCUGCCUGAUGAUUUCCGUGGUGGUAGCACACAGCAGGUACGCGCGCAGCGCAAGGCUCAAUUCACAAAGGACAAAUGCCUGAUUUGGAUCCGAAAAAUCCCUACAAGAGCAACAAGGCAUCGAACAGAGGCCACUUUCGUUUCAAUCACCCAUUCUGGUUGGGUCCGCUAGCUGUCAGCUCUCCACUCGACGGGAGAAAUAGAAGUUGGGACGA